AUGCACAGGUCCGGGACAAGCUCGGCGCCGCCGCCACCUCCUUGCCUCGGCAUCCCUGCUUCGCCGCAAUGCGCGCAGCGACACCCUCCUCCAUGGCUACUCGGCGUGGCUCACGCGCGCGGAGGCCGAGGCACUGGAGGCGUACCCCGGCGUGCUCUCCUCAUCAACCCGGAGACGCGGUACGAGUUGCACACCACCCGGACACAGGAGUUCCUGGGGCUCGAUAGGGCAGACGCGCUGUUCCCGCAGUCGGGCACCACGAGCGACGUCGUCGUGGGCGUGCUGGACACCAGCGUGUGGCCGGAGAGGGCGGGCUACGACGAUGUCGGGCUCGGCCCAUGCCGGCGUGCUGGAAGGGGAAGUGCGAGGAAGGCAGCGACUUCAACGCCUCCGCGUGCAACUGGAAGCUCAUUGGCGCAAGUUCUUCCUGACCGGGUACGAGGCAUCCAAGGGCCCAAUGGACAAGUCCAAGGAGUCGCGCUCGCCGAGGGACAACGACUGCACGUCACGCACACCUCCAGCACGGCGGCGGGAUCCGCAGUGCGCGGCGCCGACUUGCUCGGUUUAAGUAAAACAAGUUCUGCCCGGCUCUGGUGA